AAAGGAAUGGAAAUAAUUUCUCGCGCUUACCUGUUAUUCGUUCCUUGCCUCUCUUGUCAAAGCAGAGAUUAGCUGAUAGAGGUGAGAGCUGCUUCUUCUACAUUUAACCGAAGAUUUUAUUCUUUGGAUUCUCUGAAGAGCUCGAAGGAAUUACAAUGGCCAUGUCAGCGUCAACAGCUACUAUUCCUUCAUUUAGUUUCGAGCGCUCCACUGCUUCCCUUUCUUCCAAGCUUUCCUCUUCGACUUCGCUUCAAUUUCCCCUACAGCUUCGUCGACUUCGAGUAGGAAACUGGAGGUUUGUCGCUUCUCCUAAGCGUCAAAUUCUUCCUAAGGUUGAAGCAAAGAAACAAACAUUCUCAUCCUUUGAUGAUUUGCUGGCAAAUUCUGAUAAACCUGUAUUGGUUGACUUCUAUGCAACCUGGUGUGGUCCUUGCCUCAUGGCUCCUGUUCUCGAUGAAGUCAGUGGCAUGUUGAAAGAUAAGAUCCAAGUUGUGAAAAUUGACACAGAGAAGUACCCAAGCAUUGCUGACAAAUACAGAAUUGAGGCACUGCCCACAUUUAUCAUUUUUAAGGAUGGGAAACCCUUUCAUCGCUUUGAAGGUGCGUUGACUGCAAAUCAGCUUGUCGAGCGGAUUGAGACUGCACUGGAAGUUAAGCAAUAGUUCUCAAGGAAUGUAUGGGUUGAUCAGCCAUCUCUUUCUAUUGUGGACCUAAAAAAAAUUCGUAGGACAUUGUACUGCUCCAGUGGAUCAAAGUUUAUAUGAUCAGGAUAACAAAAUUGAGUUGGCCUUGAAACAAGUUGGAUCUGCAGAGCCAUUGCAUUGUUUUUUAGAAAAGUAUGCAAGUAUAAAAUUCUCUGUGAUGUAGUGAUGUUUGUCGCUGUUAGGAUGUGAAUUUUGAAUACCAUGAUGCAAAAAUGUGCUGAGCUGCAUUCAUUGGUUCCACCGGGUCAACCUUCAAUGAAGAACUGGCUUUUUAGCUGAACUGUGUAAUCUGUGUGCAGUUAGUGCCAUUUUCAUAUUAUGCCUGCUGCUGAACAGGUCCAUUUUGGUUCA